AUGCUUCGCAAAAAAGAAGCAUACACUAGCAUAACCCCUAUACCUCCGUCUGUCCCCCGUCAACUAGCGAUCGACAUCCUGCACAGCCACAGUGAGAUCAUCACCCUCAGCCCUCUCGUCCUCUCGCAUCAACCCGUCAAAGCGCCCCGAAAUGCUCCAGCUGAGGAGUACUAUCUCACCUGGUACGAGAUCACCGAACGGGUGCAGUACGUCCCGGGGAUGGGCAAGCUGGGCUCGGGAAAGAUCAGUUUCAAGGGAUGUUUCCACGAUGAGCCCUGGGGAUUAGUGACGCAUGUAUAUGCGCCAUUGGGGAUCGAUCUGCGGCAUCGGUAUCGCAUCGUAGACAGCAUGGACGAGUCGGUGCUCAAGUCAGGUGCAGAAGAGAGCCCGCCAGCACCGGGCGAGGCCGGGAAGGGCCUUUACCUGUGUGUGGACACCGAGAUGGAAUGCAAUAUCACGCUCAUGCCUCUGGUGAAGGGGCAGCAGAGAGCCGCUCUGAAAGCGCUCGUUGAUCGAUUCGUGAAGAAAGCGGAGCUUCUUGAUGCCGGGGUCCUGCAGGCUGGCACGACGGAAGAUGGGAAGCUGAGGACGUGGAAUCCGGCUGACCGGAGCAGCUCGACGGCCAUGAUGCAACCGACAUCUUCGACUCCCCUGUAUCCGGGUCCUGGUGAGAUGUCGCCAAGGUCAUCGUUGUAUCAGGCGCCUUCGUCGCCGACGGGAUAUCCACAGCGGGGGUCCGUAUCAUCCCAGGGAACAAACUUGCAGUAUGGGCGCGAGAAUCGACAGAGCUUUGUCGUGGAACUACCAGCUGAUACUCCUAAUGAGCCGGUUUACCGGCCUUAUCGACCUGAAACCACGACUGGCAAGUCUACGGAGCUGCCAGAUAGCUCUUCGCGGUUCCAGCCGGGGUAUCCAGCCGAGCUACCAGCAGGGAAAUUUGGGAAUAGUUUACUACGGCUUAUGCCGAUUAAGCAUUGA